GGGAGAAUGUUUCCCGCCAUUUUCAGUAUUGGACGAAAUUCUACAGGUCAGUUGCUUCAUCGUUGAAUCGCGAAAAGCAAAACAAAGCCAUGGAAGUCGUCAGAUCUCAGAGGAAAUCUUCAGUGCCUAACGAUGCCGUCUCGACUCUGCCUCUCUAUCGUUCUGCACCUCCUCUUGAAGUCCGUCUCGAAGAUUUUGAGUUUUAUGCCAUCGAUCGCCUCCGCGUUUUGAAAGGAAUUUCGGAUGGUUUAUCCAGAGGAAAGAAGCCUGAUGAGAUGGAGAAAUUGGUGUAUGAUCUGUGGAAGGAAAAUAUGAGGCAUCCGCAGGCAUCCGAGGUUGCUAACAAGGACAUAAUUUCACAUUUUGUCUUGCGGCUUGUUUAUUGCAGGACGGAGGAGUUGAGGAAAUGGUUUCUGUCAAUGGAGACUACCUUAUUUCGGCACCGAUUCCUGCAUGAAAAUCCUGAAGUUCAGAAGGCGCUAUUCGCAGAGUUUGAUCUUCCAUACAAAGCUGUGAGCCGUGCUGAAUACGAGACUGUGAAGGACAUGCUGAGCCAAGUUGCACGCUCCAUAGGCCAAAGCACUGAUGUGAUCUUCUACAAGGUUCCAUUUGAGGAGGUGCCAGAGCUUGUGGCAGGUCGGCGGGUAUUUAUUCAGGAAGGGAAUGCAUAUAUUGCAAUGAGCCAGGUGGUUUCACUAGUUGUCACACAAUUCCGCAGUCAUCUUUCAAAAGCACUAGUGCUGACAAACAGAAAAUGGACAUCCAUGAUUAGAGAACAGGAGAAGGAUCGUUUGACUCCUAUUAUUGAAGCUCUAUCCACGAGUUAUUUGGGUCCUGAUUAUAGCCAGCCAACAAAGCACACAGAUAUAUCACUAAAAGACAUUGAUCAAAUUGCUAAGAGUUCGUUUCCACUGUGUAUGCAUCAUCUUUUCGGGAAGCUAAGAGAGGAUCAUCAUCUGAAGCAUGGUGGGAGGAUGCAACUUGGUCUAUUUCUCAAGGGUAUGGGAUUGAAGUUGGAUGACGCCCUUGCAUUUUGGAAAGCUGAGUUCUCCCCAAAGGUUGUUGCUGAAAGAUUUGAUAAAGAAUAUGCAUACAGCAUAAGGCACAACUAUGGAAAAGAAGGAAAAAGAACGGAUUAUACACCUUAUUCUUGUCAAAAGAUUAUAUCAUCAACACCUGGAGUCGGAGAUCAUCAUGGCUGUCCAUAUCGUCAUUUCAGUGAGGAGAAUUUGAGAGCUGCGCUGACCAGGAUGGGAGUAGGCAAUCAAGCAGUCGAGGAUGUGUUAGGCAAAGUUCGAAAUAGACACUAUCAGUUGGCUUGUACUUUGACCUUUGAAGCUGUUCAUGGUUCAUCGUGUGAUGCGGGGAUUAACCAUCCAAAUCAGUACUAUAAUGACAGCCGAAAGAUCUUAGAAUCACCAAACAAUUCCAGCAACCCAUGAAACACAGAAGCUUUGACACAAGGGGAGUUUAAACGCUUUUGCCCUCCUAAUGUGACAUACAUCAUGAGAUCCAGUGGUCCUAAAAUUGAUUACCUGUGUAUAUUUCUGGUACGAGUGAUCAGUAAGAUCUUAAAUUGAUUACCUAUGUAUAUUUCUGGUGCGAGUGAUGGGUAAGAUUUCGUGUGAGUUGUCAAUUCCAACUGCUAAAGAAAUCUGUAUGGUAAUGACUGCUAUGGACUCUAUUGAAGGUUUCUGGUAUCCAAUUUAGCAAAUAGCAAAAUUUUCGACUCUCUUUC